CAAGCCUAUAAAAGGGGCUCCCCUUCCUUUGAGAGAGAGAGAGAGAAGCCGGGUGAGCGUGGCUGGAUCCUCGACGCCAGAGCCCCUUUCCCGCUCCGCUUGAAAGACCAGGCUUGAGCUUGGGACCAAGGCUCCGGAGAGCAGGGCUCGACCCCACCUUGAGCCCAACCCCAGACGAAGAAGGGAGGAUUCCAAGGCAGAGGUCUUGUGGCAGCACUCUCUGAGACUCCCGAGAAGAAAGAAGUUGGCAGCAGGAGCUUCGUUAGGCUUCAGUCUGAAAGGAGUCACACUCUCUCAGCCUCAGAGGGUGGCAGGGGCACAACUGCUCUGAAGACGUCUCUCCUCAGCUAGGCUUCGGUCUGAAAGGAGUCACACUCUCUCAGCCUGGAGGAAGGCUCCGCCAGGAUGACCUCGCUACCUCCGGGGCCCUGGAGCGAGGCGGGCCCCAACGCCAGCCUCCUCCUUCCCCCGGGGAACUGGUCCUGGGCUGCCGCCGGGGCUCCGGGAGCCAACGUCUCCAACCAGUUCGCCCAGCCGGCCUGGGGGGUGGCCCUGUGGUCGGUGGCCUACGGCGGGGUGGUGGCGGUGGCGGUGCUGGGCAACCUGGUGGUCAUCUGGAUCAUCGUGGCCCACCAGCGCAUGCGGACGGUGACCAACGCCUUCCUGCUCAACCUGGCCUUCGCCGACGCCUCGGUGGCCGCCUUCAACACCUUGGUCAACUUCCUCUACGCCCUCCAGGGCCACUGGGCCUUCGGGCAGCCCUACUGCCGCUUCCAGAACUUCUUCCCCAUCACCGCCGUCUUCGCCAGCAUCUACUCCAUGACCGUCAUCGCCGUCGACAGAUAUAUGGCCAUUAUUGAUCCUCUGAAGCCCAGACUGUCUGCCACAGCAACCAAAGUGGUGAUUGCAAGCAUAUGGAUCCUAGCAUUCCUACUUGCUUUUCCCCAGUGUCUCUUUUCUAAGACCAAAGUGAUGCCUGGAAGAACUCUGUGCUAUGUUUUCUGGCCAGGUGGUAUGAAGCAGCGUUUUACGUACCAUAUCGUUGUGAUUGUUCUGGUCUAUUGCUUUCCACUGCUUGUCAUGGGCAUCACAUAUACAAUUGUUGGAAUUACCCUUUGGGGUGGAGAGAUCCCAGGUGAUACAUCUGACAAAUAUCAUGAACAGCUGAAAGCAAAAAGGAAGGUGGUGAAAAUGAUGAUUGUCGUCGUUGUGACAUUUGCAGUCUGCUGGUUGCCAUACCACAUUUACUUUAUAGUUACUGGGAUCUAUGAGAAUUUGAACCGGUGGAAGUAUAUUCAGCAAAUUUACCUGGCCACAUUUUGGCUAGCAAUGAGUUCUACCAUGUACAAUCCCAUUAUCUACUGCUGUCUCAAUAAAAGGUUCCGAGCUGGUUUCAAGAGAGCAUUCCAAUGGUGUCCUUUCAUUGAAGUAUCGAGUUACGACGAACUGGAGCUUAAGACAACCAGGUUCAAUCCUACCAGGCACAGUAGCUUAUACACUGUUUCCAGAAUGGAAUCCAGCAUGUCUGUAGUGUUUGAUCCCAGUGAUGGAGAAAGUGCCAGGUCCAGCCGCAAGAAAAAAGCACCUUCACAGGAAACAAAUCUUAACGGCUGUCCCCGCAGGAAUUCUAAAGCCACUUCAACAGUGUCAAGUUACAUCAGUUCUCCAUACACAUCAGUAGAUGAGUAUUCCUAAAGCGUUAAGUGGAUCAUGUUAGGGAUGUGAGAGAACAUAGUAUUGCUAAUAAAUAAGACAAUUCUAUUCUGCCUAAGAACUGAACAUCUAACUUUCUGGAGGGCAGCCAGGCUUCAGAUGCUGAACCCUGAUUGCAUGUAUAUAUAUCUGUUUAUGUCAGGGAUGAGAAAUGUUCAGCCCUUUAGAUGUUUUUGGACUGUUGUUCCCACAAUCCUUCACUAUUGAUUAUUGCUGGCUGGAUCUGAUGAAAACUGCAAUCCAGCAACA